AUGACCCUCGCCCUGGACCCCAUCAACCAAAACUUCGUUGGCGAGCUCACCAAAGGCCAGCCUCUUUACGAAAAAACACCAUCAGAUGCACGACAGGCCCUGGAAACUCUUCAAAAGUAUGUUCCAGCCCCCGACAUAGCCCAGGAUUACUUUGACGUUCCUCUCGGGUCUGGCUCGGUGAAGACGGUCAUCUUUCGACCUGAAAAUGCCAAUCGUGAUAUACCAUCCAUCUUCUAUACUCAUGGUGGCGGUUGGAUCAUGGGGAGCCCCAGUGCUUUCGGCUCCUUGAUGGAAGACCUUUCUCGCCAAACGGGAGCUGCAGUGAUAUUCCCACACUAUUCUCCUGCACCAGAAAAGCAGUACCCUAGUCAAUUCGAAGAGUCAUUUGCCGUACUGAAAUACAUGGUCGAACAUGGCGACAUGCACCACCUGAAAACAGAGACCAUGUCUUUUGCAGGCGACAGUGCCGGCCACAUGGCCAUCGCAAUGGUCCAUCUCGCCCAGAGAAAUCAUCUCCCCCUGAAAAUCGCCCAUCUAGUCCUCUUUUACCCGGUAACAGACACCCACCAAAAGAGCACAACCUACAAGACCUUCAAGGAGGGGCCAUAUCUUACAGAACGCACAAUGGACUGGAUGAUCGAUGCUUUUAUCCCCAAUAAGCCGGACAGAUGCAACUCGCUCACCUCACCGCUGAGCUUCUCGUCUGAUGAAGAGCUAGCCCAGUUCCCGCCCACGACACUUUUUCUCUCCGGAGCCGACCCGCUCAUUGGCGAGGGCGAAGCGUUUGGACUACGCCUGCAGAAGAAUGGGGUCGAUACUUCGAUCUUAAGGGCCGACGGACAGAUUCAUGAUUAUGUUAUGCUUGAACCUAUUCGGCGGACUGCGACUGCGAGGGCGGUUGUGGAGCUUGCUGCGGCGCAUUUGAAGAGGGAUCUUGCAUAG